AUGGUUUGAGUUGGUUGUGUUUAUUUUAGGCUUAAUUACCGAUAUUAGCGCGUUUACUGGUAGUUUGUAGGCUGUGCAUCCUUGAAUUUCCUCACGUCCUGUGGACCCGCACACACACAGGUGAAUAAAUAGGUGGGGUAUUCCCAACUUUGCAUUUUCAAUUGAGAUGGGUUUCCGAAGACUGUUUUAACACAUAUUCUCGCACAGGCCCGGGGUUUGCUUUGAGGAUGGCUGUGGCCAUUCACUCCGACCAUAAACCCCAGGCAUGUCCCGUAGGCCACAGCUGCGCUGUGUUCUACCCGAUUCUAAUGCUGAUUUGCUCGUUAAUAAGAUGCCUCUACAGCUGCUUUUCUCUCCCGGCCACGGGGAGCCGUCCCACGGCCAUUUUCAUGGCCACAUCACCUGCGGGCAUCCCAAGGUGGCAACCUAAACGAAACCACAGGGGUCUGGAGGGUAAAACGCUUCGUUUCUUAUCGGGGUUUAGGUGUGGUGUUCAAAUUUCCCAUUGCAUCCCCGCUUCCAGUCGAGCUACUGUGCUGCUUUUAGUAGGCCUAAUUGAACAGGAAAUGUGCCACGGUUCAAAGUAAACCAUGUGAAUAAAGGUGGAGCAUACUGCAUACCAAUUAAGGUUAUAAAGUUGACUACAAUGCAUUUGCCUCAAGUGUAGGCUACUUUAUAUAGCCUACUCGAGAUAAUAGCAAUUUUUUGUAGACCCAAUAAUGUGCCAUGUCUGGAACUCAAUAUUUUAUAGACAGACCUGCGUAAGCAUGGCGGAUCUUGCUAAAGCACCAUUCUGAUUAUACCCUAAAAAAUACAUACUUUUUGCUAACUAUAGUCGAUACAUUUUAUUAUUGUAUUUCAUUGAACACUCUUAAUUCAGAAGCUUCACUCCAUGAACUUUGUGGUGUCUGCAUACAAGACCAAUUAGUAUGUAAGGUUUCUCCUCCCCAUUAGCUUUCUCCUUGGUCCAUCUAACACCCCGCAGCGAGGGGCUACUGUCAUAGGUCUGAGUGGGAAUGGGACUGAGCUAGGGGGGGUAACAGCUCAGCUUUAAUAAAAACCCCAAACUCCCAUGGUCACCACAGACAGGCUGACCAGGAGCACAGGCACAGGAGGGGCCUAGAAAGUCAGAGAAUCCAAAUCUGUGUGCGCUGUUACGCAUCGGUAAUUGCGCUGUUACGCAUCGGUAAUUGCGCUUUUAUGCAUGUUAAGAAUUAAUGAUAAGGUGAGCUUUUACGCGUGUGUGGACAUUGUGGUCUCAGUCAUGACCCUCUCCAAGGAGUUUGAAGCGUCCCAGCAGACUAGCUUUCCCCUGGACGCAAAUGAGGUAGACGUUGUUGGAGACGACGAGCCUCUCCAUGGCCAGCUUCGUCUCUAUCGGACCGAGAACACCACCGAACCUAGUUCCUCCGCCGAGUCCAGCGCCGAACUGGACUGCUCUGAGUUCGACUCGUCCGGGGAGAGCGAGAACAGUUUCUGUGCAGACGCGCCUUCAUCGGGGAGACCACAGAACGGUUCUGUAAAGCCCCCGUAUUCCUACAUCGCUCUCAUCACCAUGGCGAUCCUACAGAGUCCUCUGAAGAAACUGACACUGAGUGGCAUCUGCGACUUCAUUAGCAGCAAGUUCCGCUACUAUCGGGAGAAGUUUCCGGCGUGGCAGAACUCCAUCAGGCACAACCUGUCACUCAACGACUGCUUUGUAAAGAUUCCGAGGGAGCCUGGAAACCCAGGCAAAGGCAACUACUGGUCUCUGGACCCCGCAUCUGAGGACAUGUUUGACAACGGCAGCUUUCUCCGGCGCAGGAAGAGGUUUAAGAGAAACCAGCCGGAGUGUGUGAAAGAUGGACUCAUGUUCUACCCAAACUUCAACUGUUACCGGCCUUACGUGCGACCUUACUGCGUCCAAGGCCAAGUGAGCGCACCGGCUGCCCCACUCCCGUAUAUGCCCGUUCAGGACGGGCUUGUGAUGCCACCUUCCUCCUACUUACCGUACCCGAGAAUAAGCAGCAGCGGUAAGGUUGUUUCCCCCAGAGACUUCAGAAUGCAACUUUACGCAGCAACACCUGCAGAACAGAAGCCUGCGCGCGAUACCCAGAUAAAGUGUUCAUUCAGUAUUGACAGCAUUAUGAGUAAAACCUCUCCUUCUAUACCACAGAACACAAAUCCACAGAACUCCAACUCUCAUUGUUCUAUUGACUAUGGUAAUCUCCUCACGGGUCCCGCUAGUUGUUUCGUUCCGAGCCUGCGUCCAGCUCCAAGGACUCCAUUCUGCCCAAGUGCAAUGUUGAGCGCACCCCCUUUAAUAACAGAGGGUAUUCAAAUGUCUCAUCCUCGUUGUUAAAGUGUUUGUUUGUAGUAGCUAUAACCAAAUAAAUAUCUGUGUCUAAGUGAUACAAUUCUAUAGGCUUAAUGGAGAGACGUUUACGCAUUUCUCAGAGAAAUUAUUAAAACUGCAUGUCAUUUGUGUUCAUUCCACGUUGAAUAUGUCAAAAGAGGUUCAUGUAAAUAAGAAGGCUGAUAAUAUAUUUGUUAAAAUAUGGUGUCAAUGUGAAAAUGGAAAUAAAAGUGGAAACACUUUUGCCAAUUGUAUAGAAAAUAGGCCUACAUUGUAUUGUGAUUUUCCCGAAUGUUUCGACAUUGAAAUGAAGCAAUAAAUA